AUGAAUCAUCAAUUUGGAAUAAAAAAUGUGGAACUGGAUUGGUUUAAGUCCUAUCUAACUAAUAGAGAGCAAGCAUGCAUUGUCAACGGUGCAAUGUCAUCACCUAAAACGAUUGUGUGCGGAGUUCCGCAGGGAUCAAUUCUUGGUCCCUUGCUGUUUUUAUUAUAUAUUAAUGAUUUACCCGAAUGCCUCGAAAAAACUUCGCCACACCUAUACGCUGAUGAUACUCAAAUUUCUACUUCUGCCAAAACUAUUGAGGAACUUACUGAAAAUCUAAAUAAUGACCUGAAAAAAGUCGGUGAGUGGCUUGCUCGAAAUAAACUGCAACACCACCCAACUAAGACCAAAUUAAUGUAUAUCGGUUCAAAGUAUAAUGCUGAUACUAUGACUUAUGAUAUUCCAGUAAUGAUGAAUAACCAAUUCAUAACUCUUGCUCAUUCAUACACAUGCCUUGGGGUUAAACUUGAUGAAAACCAUAAUUGGCAUGAGAAUGUUGAAAUGACUUGUAAGAAAGUUGGGGCCGGCAUAGGAGCAAUGCAACGAAUUAAGCCAUAUGCUCCUAUAAAUACCCUGCAUACCAUUCACAGAGCUUUGAUAGAACCGUAUUUUGAUUAUUGUAGUCCAUUAUGGGACGUCUGUAACCAACAGCUGAAAGAUAAGCUUCAAAAGUUCCAAAACCGUGCAGCGAGAAUUAUAACCGGCGCCAGCUAUGAAAUAAGGUCUGCUGAUGUUCUUCGAUCCCUUGCUUGGGAAAAUUUAGAGAUAAGACAACGUACAACUAAAUCCACAUUAAUGUAUAAACUCUUGAAUGAUUGCGCUGGGCCGAACUUGAAGGAUGCUCUAACGAGAAGGGACCUUGUUCAAACCAGUUAUAAUCUUCGUAAUACUUAUACUGACCUUACCCUUGCUAAGCCAAAACGAGAAUUUCUAAAAAAAAGCUUUAAGUAUAGCAAAGCUAAAUUGUGGAAUAGUCUUCCUUCUGAUGCGAAGCUAGCGCAAUCAAUUUAUUCUUUUAAAAACUGCCUGAAAGUUUCACGCUAACAUCUUCUAAUAUACUGUAUAUGCAUGCUUUAGAAAUAUGGGUCACACCGUUUGGAACUUAAUUCUUGUAUUGUAAAUAGUUGUACAUAAUUCUUUAUUCUUUUCUAUAUCAUAUUUGUAAUUUUUAAUAGUAACCGACGUCCCUCGUGAAAAUCAACAAAUCGUUGACGAGGCUAACGUCUUUAAAUAAAGUUUACAUACAUACAUACAUACAUACAUACAUACAUACAUACAUAGCCUUCCUCACUCUGAUGUCAGCGUUCCUCAUUCUGAGGACAGCGUUCCUCACUCUGAGGACAGCGUUCCUCACUCUGAGGACAGCGUUCCUCACUCUGAGGACAAGGUUCCUCAUUCUGAGGCAAUCGACUUCGUUAAGGAUACGAUUCCGUUUAAAAUCCGCCAUCAUUUUACUAGUCCGGACCAUGAAUGUUUAUGGAUCAUACUACGUCCAAAAUGGCUCCCCAGAUCAAUCUCAAAAAUUGCCUUGGCAUGCGUUUAUUUACCCCCAUCGCUAAAUUCUGGAGCUAUUGAGGAAUUUUACGACUAUUUCUGCAGCUGCUACGACGCGCUCACAAGUGAAAGUCCGAAUCUAUCAAUUGUUGUUGCUGGGGAUUUCAAUUCUGUGAGUAACUGUUUUCAAGAGAAGAUAAUUACGAACAACUGCCGAUUAAAGCAGAUGGUGAAGAAACCAACAAGGGGAACAGCAAUUCUUGAUCUUAUAUUUAGCAACGCUCACAUUUUAUAUGAAGAACCGGAGGUACUUGCCCCGCUUGGUAGUUCUGACCACAGCAUGAUCGUUUGGAGACCAAGAGUUAGACACAAGUCGCUAUACCUAAUGAGCAGGAACAGAUAUGUGAAGCAUCUGACGAUCAAGAUAUAUCUAUGUUCGUUGAUGAUAGUACAUUGUCCGAAGUCAUUACCAUAACUCAACAUUCAUCUGGUAGCCCAAUUGGUAACACCCAACGAAGUGUAAAUAACGUAGUGCAAUUUGCAAAGGAUGAGAGUAUGGAACUGAAUGGAAAAAAUGUAAAGAAAUGCUAAUUGAUUUUCGGAAGAAGAAAACAGAAAUACCACUGAUUAAUAUUGGCGACGAUAAAAUAUCCCGUGUAAAGUCGUAUAAAUUGUUAGGAAUAUGGAUAGACGAUGACAUGAGAUGGAAAACCAACACUGAGUAUAUUGUAAAAAAAGGCGCUAAGCGACUUUACCUCUUGAAGAUUUUAAAGAGUUAUGGUGCACCAAAAAAUGACCUAUUAGCUUUCUAUUGUACAGUAAUUCGUUCUGUUCUGGAGUAUGGUGCACAAAUUUGGAGUGGUGGUCUGACACAAAUGCAUAAGAAAAACAUAGAAAGAAUCCAAAAACGAGCACUCCGAAUAAUUUAUCCUGGCCUUUCUGAUUAUGGACUUCUAUUAUCUCAGAGCAAUCUGCUGACCUUAGAAGAACGCAGAAACAAUUUAUGUGCCUCUUUAAUUGAGGACAUGUUACAACCAUCACACAGACUUCACGGACUAUUGCCAAAGAAAGUGAGUGACAUUAGGGAAAGAGAGACUAGCACAAAUGGCGAAAAGAUUUAUAACUUUUUUUGCAACACUGAGCGUUUUAGAAAGAGCCCUGUAGUUCAUGCUAUUAAUGAAUAUAAUUUUAAAUUAGAUAAGUAAGAUUUAUAUACAUAUUUAUACAAUUCCAUAUAUAUAUAUAUAUAUAAACGAUUUUAAUAUACAUAUAGGUCCAUUGAUGUAAAUAGUUCUAAAUAAGUAAUAAUUCUAAUUAAUUCUAAUUAAUAUCUGAUGAUGUAAACACGUUGUAAUUUAGCUUUUUGCUAUUGAACGUGUAUUAAUAAACCCACUAUUAUUAUUAUUAUUAUUAUUAUUAUUAUUAUAAUGUUCCUCACGCUGAGGACAAGGUUCCUCACGCUGAAGACAAGGUUCCUCACGCUUAGGACAAGGUUGCUUACUCUGAGCACAAGGUUCCUCACUCUGAGGACAAGAUUCCUCACUUUGAGGACAAGGUUCCUCGCGCUGAGGACAAGGUUCCUCAAUCUGAGGACAAGGUUCCUUACGCUGACGACAAGGUUCCUCACGCUUAAGACAAGGUUCCUCACGCUUAGAACAAGGUUGCUUACUCUGAGGACAAGGUUCCUCACUCUGAGGACAAGGUUCGUCACUUUGAGGACAAGGUUCCUCACGCUGAGGACAAGGUUCCUCAAUCUGAGGACAAGGUUCCUCACGCUGAGGACAAGGUUCCUCACGCUGAGGACAAGGUUCCUCCCUCUGAUGACAAGGUUGCUUACUCUGAGGACCAGUUUCCUCACACUGAGGACAAAGUUCCUCACCCUGGAGAAAAGGUUCCUCAUUCUGAGGACAAGGUUCUUCACUCUGAGGACAGGGUUCCCCACUCUGAGGACAAGGUUCCUCACUCUGAGGACAAGGUUCCUCACUCUGAGGACAAGAUUCCUCACUCUGCGGACAAGUUUCCUCACUCACAGGCCAAGGUUGCUAACUCUGAGGACAAAGUUCCUCACUCUGCGGACAAGGUUCCUCACUCUGCGGACAAGGCUCCUCACUUUGCGGAUAAGGUUCCUCACUCUGAGGACGAGGUUCCUCACUCUGAAGACGAGGUUCCUCACUCUGAGGACGAGGUUCCUCACUCUGAGGACGAGGUUUCUCACUCUGAGGACGAGGUUCCUCACCCUGAGGACGAGGUUCCUCGCUCUGAGGACAAGUUUCCUCACUCUGAGGACAAGGUUCCUCACGCUGAGGACAGGGUUCCUCACUCUGAGGACAAGGUUCCUCACGCUGAGGACAAGGUUCCUUACUAUGAGGACAAGGUUGCUCAAGCUGAGGACAAGGUUCCUCACGCUGAGAACAAGGUUCCUCACGCUUAA